AUGGCAGCUACCAGAAGUAGUACACCCGAUGUUGCGGAGAGGCAUCUGGAUGAGGCAAGCUAUCUCUGCAUGUCAGAAAAUGCAACGCAAAGCAUCCCAAAGACAACCACUGUCACAGAGCAGACUGUUGCCACCACCACUACUCCACUACAGAUGGAAGAUCUUUUGGGGCCAGGAAGCAGAAUCCUGACUGAAUUCCUCCAAGCCUUCAAGCCGCUAGCUUCAGUUGUGAUUAAUCACAUCCCUCGUCGGUAUUCUGCUGAAAUGUCAGAGCCUUCCACCCACCACCCCCUUGGACUUCUGUUCAAGGAUGAGAACCAAUCUGCAGAGUUGGCUGAUGUUCUACACCACAUCCAGAACGAGUACGUUCCAAGGGGCCCUGAUGGACCAGACAGCAUUUUGGUUGGUGGUGACCGAUUGACGGAGGGGAAUAGCCGCGGCAUACAGUGGGUCUAUGCGGAAGGGGAAAACGCAGACCAACGACUGGAGGGCCUUGUGUUCAAAUUUGAGGAUUGGCAUGCAAUCAAAAACCUUUUUGAGAUCUAUCAUCGUGUCUUCUUCAAAGACGGUUCGGCAAAGGAUCAUGGGACUCUUCUUGCCAAUAUGGACAAGUUGAGGUGUGUACAGACUGUCAGGUUUAGCAUUGUAGCAUUAUAUUGUCUUUGGUAUUCUUUCUUUACUCUGGUAUGUAAUAUCAAUAAUGUGGGCGGUCAUGCCCUAGUGUUUAAGGAGAUGGGAUUUAUAUGA